GACUCCAAAUUCAAAAAAUAGAAAUAAUAAAAUCUAAAAUACCAAAAAGUAGCAAAUGAAUAACCACACAAUGUAUUUGGAUUACUUAAAUUUCAAAUACAAGCAUUAGAAAUACACAUUUCCUAACACACCCUUACUAAUAUGAAAUUUCACAAUUGGGUGCGUGUAGUGGAGACCAAUGUUCUAUCGGUCUAGUGAGUGAUUCACAUUUUACUGGUUAACCGAUAUCAAACCGUUAAUAAACUGGUACCUUAUAACAAGAGAAAUAUAAGUAGCACAUACAAGAAUAACAUAUUUAUUAUAAUAAUUCAAUCCAUUAGACUACUUAGAGAUGUGAUAAGAAGCCUCGUCCCUCUAGGGAUGAUAAUUGAGCCCGUACUCAGGGUAAACAAUCAAACCCAAUCAAAGUAGGUAAAACCUAGUUUUGAUGAAUUUUUGGUCUGGUGAGAGUUUUACCCACUUUUGAAAUUAGUGGGUUGGGUUGGGUGUGGGUGCUCAUCUAGUUGUCGAGACAGACUGAAAAACUCGUUAUAUGUUUGUUGCGCCAUUUUCACGACCACGGAUAUGAAAUUUAUUUUAAUUCAAUAGUCCAAUAUUGGACUCUAAAUACGUAAUACAAUAAAUACUUGACUAAUUGAAUCCUAUAUUAAAUAUGCAAUAAGCCGAACAAUAAAACAACCAACUCUUAAUUUAUCAAUUUCGGUAGUACUAGUUUAGGGUAUUGGGUGCGAAUACACUUUCUCACACGUAACCAUACCCUCAAUCUAAAAUCCUUAUAAUUCGCAGACUAGGUCCCUGUUUGGACCUUAAGGUCGAGAGUGGUACAACUAGAGUCGAAUGCUCUAUUAGUAAGAUCAAUGGUGACUAAGACCACGAUGCGGUCGGCCCCGAUUCCGAGGGACGGUUGCGACACUUAUUAAUGAUAACUAUCUCAUUGUCUUUUGUAGUAUUUCAUAUUUUCGACGACUUGAUGACUUGUCAAUAAUAGUAUCUUUUCUGACAACGUAUUACCGACGACAUAGUAAUUGCGUCAACAAUGUUAAUUUUUUUUACAAUUUUUUUCACCGUCAAUAAUUACGAUUUGUUUCGGGGGGGGGGGGGGGGGGGGGGAAUGAAUUUUCAUCAGUAAUAUUGAGUAUUACCGACCCAAAAAAAUAUAGGUGUCGAAAAUAAUGAUGGUUUGGAAUUGCAUCAUAAAUGGACAUAACUAAUGAAAAAUAUUACAAUUACUGACGAGAUUUUUAUGUGGUCACCAAAAAGGUGGAUAUAACUGACGACAUAGCUUUUUGGUCAGAAAAAUGUCUUUUUCCGACGAAAAUUUACUACUGUAAGAAAGUUAUCGUCAGAACUGUAUGUCUUUUUGUAGUGUACUAAUUACAUAAAAUUGAAAACAAUUCUUCCUAGAGUCCUCCUUUAGUUGCCUACUCUCUAGUUGGUUGCUCUUCAACUGGUUGCUCCAUCAGUCCUUCUCUACGACUAGGUGAGUGGAUUGGGGUCAAGUCUACGCCGUUACUAAAAGUCUACGAGCAUUUGAGGGGUUUUCCUUAAGGUUCUCCUUAAAAACAGUGGAAGUUGUUAUCACAACCAAUCUUAAACCCUCAAAAUGUUGGAGUUGUUGUUACUCGCCACCCUAAAAAACUUAAACCUUUGACCGAAUCAGGGAUCCCCUCACUAACUAGUCAGCCACUUAAAUCAUACGUAUGAGGGUCGAUUUAGGCCUAUCCUUUCCUUAUCCUUUUAUGCGAGUAUUAUUGAUUCAUCCUCAUACACCUGAAGAGCAUAUCAUGCUCUUCCUUUAACUUUCACAUCUUUAUGGGAGUCUUAUUGAUUCAUCCCAGAAGCCUUAAGAGCAUAUCGUGCUCUUCCUUUAAACUUUCACUAGGGUGGGAGAUUGGCGUUAGUGACCUAACUCUUGACAUUUUUACCUUAAAUCCUAUAGUAGUAAAAUACUACUAAUAGAAGACAUAAACAUAACAGCUUCAAGUAAAUAUUGAAAGCUCUAGCAAUUGUCUCGGAUAAUAACUAAAAUAAAGAGCAGGCAUCCUCAAACACAUACAUAAACUCAAGUACUGGCAUUACAUUAUACAUAAAAGCACAUGAUAAAAAACUCAUCAUACGUAGAAUUUACCCCCUUUUACCACGCACCUUACAUUCAAACUGAUUGACUUGAAUUAUCCCCCAAGUUAGUAGAUCCGAUGCUUCAGCUUGUCAUAAACCAACUGUUCCCAUUAACUCGAGUUGUUGGGAGAAGAUUAUGCUGGAUCUUAUACCACUCUCUAACACGUGCCCCCAAACAAAAGCCAACCCAUGGGCUUGAAGUUUGCACAGGUGAUCACCAUACCUUGUGCUUUAAUCAACUGUUAAUAUUGGAAGUCGUGGAGAUUCAAACACACUGUCACUUGGUCAAACCAACUCUAAUACCAUGUCAUAAACCAAAUUCUCUCUAACACAACUCCUUGCUUGAAGUGCAACAAAGCUAUCCAUAGUACCAUGCCACCAUGUCAAUUUAAACUUAAUUAGUUUCUGCAAAUUUACUUACAUCCCUUCUCGUUUGUAAUUACCAUUAUUGUUCAUCCACCCAUGCAUUUACAUGAGCCUUCACCUGUUGUGGUUACUUUUGUUACUUGGUCAAUAAGUAACAUAGUCUUUGGCCUACUUGUCUUUGGCCUUUUGUUUCUUGUCCCAGAAGGAGAAGGACACUCGAUCGUCCUUAGGUUUUAACCUAAGUUUUUUUCUCUAUACAUAGCUUAGUUGCGGAGAUUGUCGUAAGCAAGCCGUCACAAUGUAGUCCUCUAAUAAAACGUCAGUCAUGAGCUCUUUCGAACUCGCCAUGGAUUAGUCUCGAUCAAUCAAUCGAUCAAGGAUACCACGUAAAAUCUCGUGUCUCUUGUGUUCUUUCUUUACCGCGUUAUCAAAUUCUUCAUUGUAUCAGAGUGAAACUCGAUCCCUUGUCUAGCAUUUUGAGCUUUCGCACGUCUUCCUCUUCGUGGCAGCUUACUAAGUCUCACCAGCGUGGUUCUCAAUUUUUGCCGCAUAAAGUCCUAUUCACAUCAGCCAUAUGGUUAUGCUAUUAUGGUCGUCCGAGUCAUCUUCUCUAUUUCAAAGGUGACUACUUCAACAACACGUCAAGCUUUGAAGAAUACGUUGCCAGAAAGGGGAGCGGUCCAUGACCAUGAUAGAAACAUACGGUUUCUAUUUUUACUACUAUUAUUAUUAGGUUUAUUAUUAUUAAGAUUAGUAGUCUUUGAGUCAUAAUAUGAUAGUCUAUAUAGGUUUUUCUAGUCUUUUGUUAUAAAUAUGUACUUUGGGUUUACGUCAUGGUCAGUCAAGAAGAAUAUUAAUAAAACUCUCCUAAACCCUAAUCUCUUCCUAUCCUCCCAAUUCUCGAUCUCAAUCCUUUAAAGGCUUCAGCCGAUUCUCUAUCUUUCUCUUCUCAAAUCCCUAAUUCUGUUCUGAAUUGCUAAUUCCCAAUCUCACGACCAUACCCGAUAGAACCCUAAUAUAAGGUUUUAUCAUUUGGUAUCAUAGCCAACAUGAGCUCAUCGAGGCUCUCUGAUCUGGAGUGGACUUGUGUGAAAUAUCAGCUCGACACGAUCCUCGCCGAGCAAGACCAGGAGGCACUCGAACAUGCGACACGGCGACGAGCCGUCGCGACACCGAGCACUAAUCAUGUGGAGGUUCCGGCGACGGCGAUGAAGAAGAUGAUGGUGGACGGAGGAACGAGAAAGACGCUAGCAGCGGCUUCUGGGACGAGGGAGUCGAGACCUGAGCUGAGAAUGGAUGAAGCACCGGAGUUGCAGCUCUUCGCUUCAACGUGCGAUCGACUAGAAGCCCUCAUACAACAAGCGCGUGAUCGCCAAACUCAAGAGGAACGAAGGUGGAAGGAGAAUAUGGAGGAGUUCAUGCGACCCCUAGAUUCGUCGCGGCGAACCAAGUCACCCACCACCAUCGUGGUGACUUCACCACCACCAUCACGGACGGAGGAGAUUGCGGAGGCCGACGGAGAAGCGUUGGUGGAGAGCAACGGGGUCGAGGGCGCUGCUGAUCUGAUGCAGUCACAAGUGCAGGAAAAGUAGGAGACGGAAAAUAAGGUGACGAUAGAGGCGUUGCCGAAGAAGGAAACCGCGCCAGAGAUGGUGAAGACGACCGGUGUGAUGGGUUCUAGCGAGCGAUUGAAGAGGACCCCAACAAAGGCUUUCGUGGUGGCGACGAAGGCCAAAAUGGUAGAUGGAACUCCCUGCUAGGGGAGGAGUAGUUCACCGCCAAGGGAUAGAUCGCCGGGGAAGAAGGUGAAGAUGGGCAUCGCGUCUUCGAGAUUAGGGGUGGGCAUGCAGUUCUGUAAACCCGAACCGAACUGACCCGAACCUGAAUUCAACCAAACCGAAACCGAACUAUUGUCAUUCAGUUCGGAAUUCGGACAUGAAUAAUGGGUAUUUCGGAAC